GGGAAGGUCGUCUACUAAGAACUAUAAAUAUCGUCGGAACUACAGAAACAGUAUCAGUUCAAUAUUGACCAGAUCUGAGAAAACAUCAAUAUCAACAUGAACUCAAUGAUUGCCUUCGCUGUUUUGGCUCUUGCCGUUACCGCCUCUGCCUCCCACAUUGGUCUUGGACUAGGUGGACUAGGUCUUGGUGGUCUUGGUCACGGAGGAAUCGCAGUAGCUGGUCUUGGAGGUCUUGGAGGACAUGGUGCCGGAGUCAUCAACCCAUGGGCAUUGAGCCCUGUAGGACCUUCUGGUGUCGUCACUGGUGCUGGAGCAUCUGGACCUUCUGGAGUAGUCACUGGUGCAGGAGCUGUUGGACCCUCUGGAGUAGUUAAUGGUCACGGAGCUGUAGGACCCACCGGACCCAACGGAGCUGGAGCCAUCGCUAUUGCCCCAGCAGCUUUGGGACUCGGUCUUGGACAUGGCUUGGGUCUUGGACAUGGUUUAGGUCUUGGAUAUGGUCAUGGUGGUUUGGGAAUCCAUGGUUAGGUACAUACACGUAUUAACUUAUUCAAAUUAUCAGAAAGAAAGAACUGGCGAAAAUAAAGAACUGUACAUCGAAA